GGUAGAGGUGGAUGUAUCCGAUAAACAUAAAACAGAUCUGCCUGUCUUCAAUGUGUCCCGUCAUGGACCAGAGUGUUAAAGCGGCUGCAGCCCUACAGGUGAUCCAGCAGCACCAGACGCGCUCUCUGCCAAGCACCAGCUCUCCAAGCGUCCUGCUGGCGUACAAAAACGCGACGCAGAGACUCGGCGCGACCGGCUUGAAAGUCAGCACGCUCUCCAAAGCAGGAAUGGGAAUCCUGAAACUGGCCACGACGCAGCUCAAGCAGCAGGAGAAGAAGGCGAGGGUGGUGCGAGCGUCCAGUCUGGGUAAAGCGCUCCCGGCGCCCGUCGACAAAAAAUCCCCGCUGGACCAACUGGCCGAACUGGUUCUACAUGGGCACGCUCGCCUCCAGCCGCUGGCGAAUGAACCCCAAGUUACCAAACCGCAAAACUGCAGGCGGAUUGUGGUGCUCGGUGCGCCGCGGGUCGGCAAGACCUCCAUUCUGCGCCGCUUUCUGCGCGAAGGCUUUGAGGAGCGAUACGAGCCUACAAGUGAAGAUUUCCACCGGAAACUCUACCAAAUUCGCGGGGAAACCUACCAGAUAGACAUACUGGACGCGUCCGGCGAGAGGAGCUUCCCUGCCAAGAGGAGACUGUCCAUCCUGACCGGUGAUAUAUUCCUGCUCGUCUUCAGUCUCGACGACCGCAGCUCAUUUGAGGAAGUUCGCGCUCUGCACGCCGAGAUUGUCGCUGCUAAAACGGCCUUGCACCGAUCCAAACAGAAAGUCUGCGUACCGACGGUAGUCUGCGCGAACAAAAUGGAUUUGCCCUCCGAGCAGCGCGUCGUGUCGCGGACUGAAGUGCUCCGCGCGUUUGGCAACGGCUGUGCUCUGUUCGAGACCUCCGCCAAAGACAGUGUGAAUCUGGAGCAGGUGUUCGAGGCGCUGGCGCGGCGCGGCGGGCUCCCCGUCGAGACCGGACCCUCGCAGCACCGUAAAGUGUCCAUCCGUUCGUACCAGGCGCUCCGGGCGGCGCGGCAGGUGGAGAAAGGGAGCAAACCGGCCGUUUGCGAUGCUCCGUGCGGGGCGCUCUAUCCUUUGGCCCGCAGACCGAGUUUCGGCACAGACCUGAGGCUGGUCCUCGGUCCCAAAGGCAACAGAAAACAGAGCAAAGCGAUGGACAAGUGUCAGAUUCAAUAAAGCAAUCAAGACUGAGAAAAAGAGAUCUUUCAGCUUUCAACAAAGAACACUGACAAUAUUUCAUCCUUUGAAGAUGGACCACAAUCCUUUUUACAUAUAUAUAAAACUGACCAUUGCAUUUUAAUGAUUACUUUGACAUUGCAACGCAAUUAAAACCAUUUUUACUGAUGUACGGAGUCAUAUACUUGUACAAUUUUAUUCUGCUUAGUGCAUUUUAAUCUGGGAGGAACAAUGCAGCACUGAUAUUGAUUUAACAUCAAACAGUAAUUGAAGAAUCCUCAUUACAAACCCUGCUGAAGACCUGAAGGCCAUAUUUAAUGACUUGAAUGAAAAUACUGUGAUUAUGUCUGAGACAUGACAAACUGAAUUGGCCUGAGGCCACUUUUAUUGCUCAGAGCCUCGUUUUUAUGGUGUCUUUCUGAUAAAAAUCCACUGAGAAUGACUGAAAAGCCUGUUGAGAGAUUGGUUUGUUGAAUGCAUGUGAUCCUGUAUUAUAUUUUGAAUAAAACAUUUUCAUACAAAGCCUGA